AUGGAUUCCGCCGCUUAUCUUUCAGAACAAGAAAGUGAAAAUGAAAAUUUUGUAGAUGCUGAGGAAAUUGUCGAUGUCGACACUCAGAAAACAACUCAUAAUACUAAAAAACAAGUAAAAGAAGAAAUAAAAAAUUCAAAUAAUGAUCAUAAUAAUUCAUCAAUGAUUCCAGAAAUUUCUGUUACUGAUACUGCAGAAGAACAAGAAUUAGAUAUUACUGUAUAUGUUAAAGACCUUGAUACUGGUAGAAAUGUUCCGAUGUCAGAUAUUGAACAAGAGCUUAAUAAAUCAAAAGCAAACAUUGACCCUUUAUCUUUUCAAAUAAUGCAAAGGGCCGGUUCAGACAAUGAAUUUGAGAGUGAUAAUGAUGACAAUGAUAAUAGGUCUAGACGCGUAAGGAGCAUUAGUAAUAGUAGUAAUAAUAAAUUUGAUAACAAUGAUGAAAAAACGGCACACAAAGAUACUAGCAAAUCACUAAAACCAACAUCUUUUUUGGACCGAUUGAAAAGACGUCCUUCACACCAAGGAAGAGAUGGAAGUGGCGAGGCAAAAGAUGAUGAAAAAGAUGAAGUUAAAAUAACUGGUAAUAACGCUGAAAUAUUUUCCGAGACAACUAAUGAUUUUGGAAGACAAACUAGGCCUCAAUAUAUUAAGGCUAAAAUACGUAAUAAACAUACAAGAGAGUUCGAUCAUUUAUUUUUGGCCCAAGAAUUAUCAAGUCCAAAGCCUUCAACUGAAUGUGGUGCAAUAUGGACAAUGAGUUUUAGUAAAGAUGGAAAAUUUUUGGCUACAGGAGGUCAAGAUACUGUGGUUAGAGUGUGGGCUGUAAUAUCAAGCGAUGAGGAACGUGAGUACUUCCUGGGAAGAAAUGGCAAAAAGAAUGCUUUUGAUGAUGUCAGUGGUACUAAACUUGGCGCUCCCGUGUUUCGUGAAAAGCCAUUAUACGAGUAUACCGGUCAUACUGCUGAUUUAUUGGAUUUAAGUUGGAGCAAAAAUAAUUUCUUGCUCUCCUCGUCAAUGGACAAAACUGUUAGAUUAUGGCAUAUAACAAGGAAAGAAUGUUUAUGCUGCUUCCAACACACUGAUUUCGUUACCUCGAUUGCUUUCCAUCCAAAGGAUGAUAGAUUCUUUCUUUCGGGAUCUUUAGAUUGUAAACUUCGAUUAUGGAAUAUUUCUGAGAAGAGAGUUGCACAUUGGCAUGAAUUGACCGACUCACAAUUGAUUACUUCUGUCGGCUUUACUUUGGACGGGAAAUUUUCAGUCGUAGGAACACUUAAAGGUCUUUGUUUAUUCUAUGAAACUGAUGGGCUACGCUAUCAUACUCAAAUUCAUGUAAAAAGUUCUCAUGGCAGAAAUUCUCAGGGCAAAAAAAUAACAGGUAUAGAACCAUUUCCCGGUACUCCUGCUGGUCAAGAGAAGUUACUGAUAUCGUCAAAUGAUUCAAGGAUACGAUUGUAUAAUAUGCGAGAUAAAUCACUGGAAUGUAAAUACAAAGGAAUGGAAAAUACUUGUGGCCAGAUAAGUGCAACAUUUAGUGAUGAUGGUCGUUAUAUUAUUACUGGAUCGGAGGAUCGUCAUGUCUACAUAUUUAACGCUGACCAAGCGUCAAUCAAUUCGUCGCAUUAUGGAUCAAGUAGCAGUGGUAACAGUUGGCUUAAAAAAGGAAAAACAGCUUACGAGACACAUCCUGCAGUAGUAACAACUGCAAUAUUUGCACCAACUCGUACCAAACAAUUAAUUGCACAUGGUGGCGACCCGAUAUAUUCAAAUACAAUCAAUCAUGAUACAUGCAUCGUUUCUGAUAAAUUUACUUACCCUGAUGGGAACAUUAUAGUUUCAGCUGAUAAUACUGGUCGUAUAAAGAUAUUCCGUCAAGAUUGUGCCUAUUAUCAUUCUCACGACAACGACAGUUCGUCAAUUCUAAGUACCAGAUCUUGGAAUUCAAAUCUUAGUAGCAUUAAUAGUUUAUUUAGUAAACCUAUAAAUUUUCCUAACAGACUAAGAAGAAAAAGUGAUGCAUCAAGUUUAUAUUCUGGAAAUUCAAGAAAUAUAAAUUUAUCAGAAUUUGAUGGUAUUGUACUUGGUGUGUUCAAGGACGGUACAUUAUGUCAAACUGUUAGUGGUUCAAACCAGCUUCCUGAAGACUUUCUACAAAUAAUCAAACAAAAACUCGAAUAUUCUGGAUGCAGUAAAGGAAAGCUGGGCGAAUGUAAAGUGUUACAUGGAAUAGAUAAGUUUGAUGCUGGUGCUGGUGAUAACCUUCGUAAAAAAAUAGCCAUCGUUGGAUUGGGUAAAAAAAGAUAUUUUAACACUUGUGUUAAUGAUCAAGAGUUAGCUGAAGUUUUAGAAAUUGCUAGAAAUGCGGCAGCUAUUGGAGUUCGUGCAGCUGAAGGUGCAGUGCUCGGUCUAUAUUAUUAUGAUACUUUGAAAUCGGCUAAAAAUCAAAAAUCACCAAUAAAAAUUACACCACUUGGAUCAAAAUCUACCUCCACUUCUACAUCAUAUUCUUCUUCUCUUACCACUUCUUUCUUGCCAUCAUCAUCAUCAAUCACCACUGCAACAACAGUUGGUGCUGCCAAAGAUUUAACUUGGGAAACGGGAAUACUUUAUGCAGAAGCACAAAAUUUUACGCGUACACUAAUGGAAACGCCAGCAAAUUAUAUGACUCCGACCAAAUUUACCGAACAUGUGAAAUCUAAAUUAACUGGUCUGCCUAAUGUUGAAGUGAUUAUUAGGAAUAAGGAUUGGGUAGAAGGGAAGAAAAUGGGAUCUUUCUUGUCAGUGUCCAGAGGAUCAGAUGAACCGUUGAAAUUUUUGGAGAUUCAUUACAAAGGUGGCAAGGAAGGUGAUAAGCCAUUGGCAUUUGUUGGAAAAGGUGUAACAUUUGAUUCGGGUGGUAUUUCAUUGAAGCAACCCCUAGCAAUGUUAGACAUGAAAGCUGAUAUGGGUGGUGGUGCAGCAGUCGCGGCAUCUGUGUAUGGUAUAGCAAAAUUAAGACUGCCGAUAAAUUUGGUGGCCACAGUUCCGCUUUGUGAGAAUAUGCCAUCAGGUCAUGCAACCAAACCCGGCGAUGUCGUUGUAGCAAUGAAUGGCAAGUCUAUUGAAGUUAUCAAUACAGAUGCAGAAGGUCGUCUUAUUCUAGCUGAUGCUCUGUACUAUACCAGCUCAACAUUCCUACCUCAUACAUUGAUUGAUGUGGCAACAUUAACGGGUGCAAUGUGUAUAGCGUUAGACGAAGCUUAUUCUGGUGUGUUUACUAAUUCUAAUGAAGUAUGGGAACUGUUGUCGAACGCUGGUAAAACAACCAAUGAUAGAUUUUGGCGCAUGCCAUUAGAUGAACAAUAUAAAAAAAAAUUGGUAAAGUCAAGCGUGGCUGAUUUAAUUAACUCUGCCGGUAAGCCAGGAGGAUCGUGUAUAGCAGCAUCUUUCUUGAAAGAAUUUGUUUAUGGAUUAAGUGAGGAUUUGAAUAAAACCGGUGAAGGGAGAGAUGGCGAAGGUGAAGACGAUGAGGGCGAAAUGGACGGUGUUAGGAUUAAAGAUGCGAGUGAAUUGAAUUGUAUUAAAUAUGCACAUAUUGAUAUUGCCGGUGUUAUGUAUACUACAACUGAUCAUGCUUACAAUGUUGAAGGAAUGAGUGAAAGUCAAUCAAUAAAUCCGUCAAUAACAACUGCACCAGUAACGACACCACGUUCACCACGAAUAGAAAUAGAAUUUUGUAUUCAAUGUCGUUGGACACUUAGAGCGGGGUGGAUGGCGCAAGAGUUAUUUAUUACAUUUGGAAAUGCUUUAGGUGAAGUUGCUUUAAUACCUGGGAUGAGUGCUGUGUUCAAAGUUACUAUUGAUGGAGAAAUUAUUUGGGAUAGAAAAAAAGAAGGUAGAUUUCCCGAGUUAAAGGAAUUGAAACAAUUAAUAAGAAAUAAAAUUGUUCCUGACAUGAAACUUGGUCAUAGUGAUGCAAAAAAAGAAGAAGAUAAUAAUAAUCAAAAUGCUACUAAUGCUACCGAGAAGAUUUCAAUUAAGGAAGUUUCUAUUCCUUUUAAAUAA